UGCUAAUCACAUAUUGCGCAACUGAUUCGCUAUUAACUAUCGCGAUUAACUUCAAUCAAUUGCUUUAUUGCAUUGUUUUAGUUUAUUCACAAAACACAUAAAAUUUCAUUUUAAAAUUAAUACUUCAAUUAAGUUGAAUUAUGUUGAGAGUCUCUAUUAGUAUAACCAUUCUUCAAUAAAAGUAUCAGUGAAGACCGCAAGUUACACGCGUGACGUCAUCAGAGCGACGGGAUGAGGGUGCCUGAGAAGGCGCUGUGCCUGGCGCUGCUGUGCCUCACGGCCGCAACGGCGCAGUCGCCUGCUGCUGAUCAGGCAUGCGUGACAACGUUUGGGAACAGUGCCGGCACCAGUCAUUGGUGCCCGGGCUCGUGCACGACAUGGCGGGACCAGUCCUACUCCGAGGCAUACGGCGGGGGAUCAGACGUUACAGGCACUUUAAUUUAUGACGGGAGCUCCCCGGUGUGUCUGGCCGCCCUCCACGCCGGCGUCUUGCGGGCCGGGGAGGACAAGGCGGUCGCCUUCACAUCUGCGACGGCCACCGACAGCUUCGUGGGCACAAUCCGUAAUCGCGUUGUGUCGAAAUACAAGGAAGUAUCGCCAAAUCAACAAUCGUUCAGUUUCAGUGAAAAAUCCUCCCCAACGACCAGAGCCCCUACGGCCCCCCAAUUGAGCUUCAGGCCGUCCGCCACCACCGCUGACGUCACUUGGACGUCGCAGCGAGCAGAGCGCUUCAACGUGUCUUGGGUGAGGACGAGAAGAGGUGGCUGCAGAGACAAAGAACACGAAAAUGUUCGACAGUUUNUGUACGAGCCCCGCGUGCAGCUGACGCAGCUGGAGGCGUACACGGAGUACGAGGUUUGCGUGCUCGCCUUCAACAGAGGCGGGAGCAGUGAGACGUGCGGGGCGCAGCUCACCCUGCCUAACAGCGCUCCUACCUUGCCAGUUACUCAACUGGAAUGCCUGUAUUACGAAUGUUCCGUUCACGUCGGUGACGGCUGUUCACAAUACAACGGACCCAACCUGACACUCGUGUGGACGUUUUCUGGAGCCCCGGCCUGCAACGCUUCUGCCCGACAUUCACUGCGUUUUGAAGAUAAAAUAUCUUACUUUGGUACAAAAAGUUUCGAUGUCGAAAAUAUAAAUCUUCUGCCCGGAAUAACUUACAACGUGAGCGUGUCUGUCAAGAACGACUAUGGGGAGGGCCAGCCAGUGCACACCACAUACGCCAGCCCGAAUGACAGAGUUCCCGGGCCGGUGGAAGAGUUGACCUCAACUGCAACGUCCAAUUCCGUCAGCCUGCGCUGGAGAAUUCCUUGUCCCCCCAAGGCCCCCAUCCUCAGUUACCGCGUUAUUGUCGAUGGUAUUGAGCUUAACCGCCGGUUAUACUACUCUGAGUCGGAGUGUCCCGGUAACGCAGCCCACUUCUGCCUCACCUUCACAGAAUUGAAUCUUGAUCAGACUCACAAAUUUGAAGUAGAGAGCUGCACAAGCGACCCUUAUUGGGAAUGUUCUGCAGCGGAGACGAUAAGCGUCAGGACACAAGAAACAGCCAAGGUGGAGAGGGACUGACGUCUCUGAAGGGAACCUUGACUUUCAAGAACUGGGCUUUGCGACGAACAUCGUCUUCGUUGCUGGAAGGGAAUUGAUUUCUAUAUAUACUGACGUGGGACUAAAUUGUGCCGUCUUUACUGGCUUGGAACUAAAUUGUGCCAGAUAGAGACUUGAAAGCUGUAACACUUGUUUCAAGUCUGUGCGACAAAUUUAUUUUAAAAUUUAUUUGAUGCUUGUCUGGCAUAAAUUGUAACCAGCUUUUUAAACACGUUUUGUUUACAUGCCAAGAUACAUAUUAUAAUUCAAGAAAAAUUCGAGACUCUAACUAUAUUAUAAAUGCAUUUAUGCUCGAUAUGCGUCACCGUGUGUAGGCAUAACGUCAAACAGUUUCUAUUCUAGUCUAACGGGGCUUGAAGGGAGGAGUUAGUGAACUGGACAUAUAGCAAUGCGUCCCCGCAUUCAACUGAAUGCAUUAAUUAAGAGAUUUUAAAAUUGUAGUUUGCACUCCCGGUGCGUUAAUUCCCACUUUCGUUUCACGAAUUUAUGCUUCUUGUACAUUAAAAAUCGAACCUUAGUUUGACUGCCAUUUUUGUUUAUGCCGACUUCUUGAAAUUGGAUAUAGAUAAGUUUGUCUGCUUUUUCUACGUUAUUCGCUUACUAAUUUAGAUUUCACGUUUAUUUUGCCAAUUUGCGAUUCAGUUAUCCCUGCGUCCUAGAAUUUUUAUACUGAUGAUGUUGUAGUUGGAUACAGAAGCGCCAUCUAUAGAUGUAUUGUGAAUUUUUGGUUCAAACAUUCGAGUGACAUUUAUACUUUUUUUAACAUUCAUUCAAUGAAAGAAUCGUAAUAUGUUGUGUUCCUCCGAAGAAAAUUAUGCAUGGAAAUUUAUGAGAUCGAAUUAUGACAUGAUUUUCUUGAUUUUCUUUCUCAAUGAUAACGAUUGACUUCAUCGAGUCUAGUUUAGUGAUUCAGUUAACUUUGUUUGCGUUUUGUUGUAACGUUUUCAGACCACUGCUGGCCAAUGCCAACACGGAGGCCUGCUGAGCUACGCCCGCUGCCGACCAUGAGUCGUUGAACACAGAAACCGCUGAAAAAACUGAAACUCGCUAAAAGAACGUUGAUAAAUUAAUUUUAAUUCUAUGUUUAUCAUUACUCACAUUUUUUGUAUGUUCUGAAUGCUUUGCCGUCCUGAGCACAACACAUUGCAUGUUCAUUGCGUGAAUGGUAGCGCAUCCAUCGCUAUCUGCCCUACGUAAGACGAUCACUUAGUGUAAAGCACUAGUGAAGUUUAUGUUCCGAAAUCUCUCUAAGUUUUGAUGUAAUUAGGCAACAUCGUCUUUAAUAUUUUACCUCAUUGGAUGACUAUAUUGAAGAACAUAUUUUGACGGCACUGUGUGUGCAAAAUCACAGUUAUAAAAUAAUUUACGCUUAACAUCAAUUGUAUUUUGUUUCAUACUAAUGGUUCGCUCUCUUAUGUAAGUCGUUUUUCCAGUCGGUCUCUCAAUUUUCCUCUGUGUCUCAUUUGUUGAACCCCAUUGUGAUAAUUUCUUGCACCUAUGGAGCCAUGAAUCCUAAUUAGGGAACUCAAAUCUACGGAACCAGAGACCAGCAUUUAACUAUAUCAUGCACAUGCACCUUAGUUUUAAGGCGCUCAUGACUAAUUCAGAAAUUUAA